AUGGAGGCCCCGGGUGGAGACGCGGCACCCGCUGGGUUCUGCAAGGGGAAGUCGGUCGGGAGGGCCCCACAAGCCCUUCCCCAGCCUGCAGGUCAUUUCCUGUUGCUCUUGGUCUUGCCACUUCCGCCCUUCACCCACCUCCCCCUUCGCUCGCCCGCCCCCCACGCUGCUCCCCAAGGGGCAGAGGUCCCUGAGUGGAACCACGUGUCGGAGGAAGAACAGAGCGGGCUGCAGGGAGAGGCUGGGGCUGGGGAAGGGGCUCGGCGCAGUCGCCGUGAGCGCCCCACGGACCCGAACGCCUCCUGGGGUGAAGGGAGGUCAGGAGAGGGCGGGCCCGGCGGGACCGCGGCGAGAACCCGCUGCCCCUGCCUGACCCCGGCCCGACGCUGCCCAGCGAGGAGCCGAGGCACAGAGGCCGCGGGCGCCCCCAGCUCGGCCCCCCCAGCCCCUGGACAGCGCUCGCGCGCCGGGCCGCCCGCCCCGCGCGAAUGGCCCGCUCCUCGGCCCCGGGACCCGCAGGGACCGGACCCCCGUGGGUCCAGCCCAGGGGGCGCAGCCCCGCCUCCGCCCGGAGGCUUGUCCCGGAGGGCGGCCGCUGGGCUCGGGGCCCCGGGCGGGAACGACGGGCCUCGGCGCUCGGCGUCGGGACCCCACGGGCGGCGGCCUCACGCCUGCAGCCCCCGCCUCGCGCUCGGGCUUGCAAGCCGGAUGCAGGCCCCUCCCCCCGGCCCGCCCGCGGGUCUCACCGGGCCCCGGCCUGGGCCUCGGGGCGGGGGUCGGUCUCCGGGGGUGGCCUCGGGUGCGAGGAGGGCGCGGGCACGAGCUGCCGCCGCUGCCACUGGUCCCCGAGCGGCCGCCGCCACCGCCGCCUUAUCUCGGCACCGCCCCCGCCGGCCCCCGCCUCGCGCCCGCCCAUUGGCUCCGCCGCGCCCGGAGCCGCCUCCGGGGCUCGGCCGCCGCCGCCGCCCCCCUCUGCGCUUUGUCUUUCCCUCGCCCGUCGUCCCCCCGCCUUUGUCUGCCCCCCGCCCCGACCCGCGCUCCGGCGCUCCGUACCGCCCCUCGGGCCCCGCGCUCGUCGGCCUCCGGACAUCGGCCGCCCCGUCGGCCCGCCCGGGACCGGAGCCGGAGGGCCCCGCACCGCAUGCCUCGGGGCUGGGACAAGUUCAAGUUGAGACGCCGGGGUCGCAGGACAAAUGA